AUGACCGAUAAGCGCGACCCGCCGCCGAUGCCCGAGGAAGCCGUCGCGAAGAGGCGGCGCGUCGACGGCAACGACUCCGUCAUGGAAGAUAGCUUCUCUCCAGGCACAGUGGAGGAUGCGCAUUUUGACUCCCCCGCCGCAGUCAGCUUUCCCCCGACACAGAACUUUAAUGCUCGAUGCGGUAUACAGCGUUCCAUAGCCCUUGUUGCAUCGCAUCUUGGCUUUGAAUCUACCUCUCCCCAAGUGAUGGAGAGCUUUACAGGGCUAGUGGAAGCUUAUCUAGAGUCCAUCAUCGAAGAAACGAAGCGGCUCGCAAUUGCAUCGCGACGCGAGCACCCAAUACCUUCCGAUUUCGAGAAUAUGCUCAACCGCUACAACCUACCAAUAUCAUCAUUAAUGCCGCAUCUGAGGAGUCCCAUUUCUGUCGACCCUAUGCCAACAUUUCCUUACCACGACAAUGCGCAUCUGUCGUCCGAGUUUAACCAACUGCCUUUACUUGGCUCUGAGCUAAGUGGUCAGGCGGACAAGGACGCAAAAUCAUACAUCCCGGCAUCGUUUCCCGAUUUUCCUAGCAAACAUACAUAUAAGUUUACGCCACAAGCUGACAUGAGGUCCCGAGACUCCCAGAAGAUCCGCGAAGAAGCCGCGUUGAGUGCUCAGCAAGGCGAAGAUGCCCUACGGCGACUAGUACGCGCAUCAAAGAUGCGCAAGCAGAAAGAGGCCAAGACCCUCGUGGAGAGAGACAACCAAGGCAAAGAGCGAUUCAGAUUAUGGGAGUCAACUAUGAAGCGAUUCAUGGGUGGAAAUUCGAAGAGCAGCGCCACGGGCCAGGUGGAAAUCGCAGAUCACAGUAUGAUUGUGAAUGGAGAUGUAACAUUCUCUCGCAAGGAUGUUCCGCGCAUAAGUCAACGAUCGGCUACCGUUCCUGGGAAGAGCUCUUGA